CGUUAAUCGCCGCAGCUGUAAGUGAGACGUUAACGAUAACGCCUAUAUUGUUUUUUUUUUUUUUUUUGAGUUGUUUAAACAUACCGCAAAAUUUAAAAAAAUGAUCAAACCUUUGGCUAUUGUCCUUUUCGUCGCCACGACCAUAGCUAUGGCUAACCCGGAUUCUUACACGACCAGAUUCGACAACAUAAACAUCGACGAGAUUUUGGGAAACGAUCGUUUGUUGAACAACUACUUCAAAUGUCUUAUGGACAUGGGAAAGUGUACACCGGAUGGUGAAGAACUUAAACGUGAGCUUAAACUUAAACUUAAACUUAAAACGUAGAGUUUUUAAAACUCGUUCACGCACUUAUACAUAAGUAUAUCGCGAAUCUAACAUUUAGUACAAUUUAAUUUCAUUAUUUUUUGAAUAAUUUACAAUUCUUUUAGAUAUAACACUGAAGUAAUUAAGCAAUAUACUUAGUAAAUAAUUGUAUAAGUUUGAAAAGGAUUUCUUAUAUUAUUCAGAGUAUAAUUUUUGCCAAUAAAUUCCAAUUUUAGUCUCCCGAAUGGGAACUAUGAAUGAAAUUCAUUAGGCUAUCUGAGUCAAGCGUAUCGGAUUAAAAAAAAAUAUUUAUAACAAAACACCGAAAGACGCUCAUGAUUUCGUGGUAUGAUAGAAAAACAUAUGAAGAAGUGUUAAGAAGACGUAAGGAAAAAAGUGUUAACUAUAUGAUAGGUCACAUACUGUCCCGUGGUAAUUUGUCGAAAGUCAUGCAAAUCAACCAAUUGAAAGAUUGGUUAUAGACCAAAAAUAAAGAUUAUAAAACAAUAUUACAUUUUUCAUUUGCAGAGGACAAUAACAAUUCUUUAAAUAUAUUUCUGCUAUACAUACCGAUUUUUCAUUUAAAAUUCAUUUUUUUUUUUUGUCGGUCAAUAAAUCAUAGGUAUGGAUUAUUACUACUAUAUUUAAUAAUUUUAUACAAUAUAUUACAGGGUGUUGUAACAAUAUUUGAUGUGCUUCUAUCCAAAUUUUCGAGUUUUCUCCUAAAAAAGACAUUUAAUUAGAUAGGUAUAUAAUGUAUUAAAGUUGAAAUUCAAAAACAUGUUUUUAGAUUUACAGAACAACCGAAAAACAAAAUAUAUAACAAAAUUUUUCUAAAUUAUAGGUACAUAUUAUAGUAUUAAUUGUUUUACACGUGAAUUUUUUCAGGGAACUUAUUGGACGGGAUACAAAAUAAAUGUGCAAGAUGUUCGGAAAAACAAAAACAGGGCUCUGAAAAAAUCAUUAAGUUUUUAUACGAAAAGAAACCCGAUCUCUGGAAACAGCUCGAAGACAAAUAUGAUCCCACGAAGACGUAUAGACUGUUGUAUGUGGAAGAUGCGAAGAAAUUGAACAUUCAAGUUUAGAUCAAAAUUAGUAUUGCAAUUUGAAUCAAAUAGCAAUACAAAUAAAAUUGUACAAGUCAUUUUACCAGAACAACACGAUUAUAGUAUAUUAUAUGCCAUUUAUGUGAAGGCGUAGUAUUUAGUGUUUACCAAUUUUUACCAUAUCAGAAUGUAUACUACAAUAUUUAUAAACAUUGAAUAAUUAAAUUAUACACGUAUUUUAUGUGUUUAUAAUCAAAAAUGUUG